AUGAUUCUGGGAGGUGGUCAAAGGACAGCAAGACAGUGGUGUCUAGUAUUGACAAGAGCCUGUGGUAAUCAAAGCAGUAGUGGCUACAACCACAUUGCGGUUCAUCAAAGUCUAAAAUCGUACCACAUUUGGACCCUUUGGCUCUUAAACUUUAGCGACACAAUCAAUCAAUCAGUCAGUUGGUCAGUUGGUCAAAGACUCAAAGCAGCUUACAAUCAACCAGGUUACCUUUUGAUUCUGAUGUGA